CCAAAUCCAGCCUCCCAAACAAAGCCCAAACCGCCACAAUCUGCAACAAUGGUUGAGAAAAUCUACGUCACAUACAACCAGGUCCACAAGCUCUGCCAGGAGGCAGCAGAGCAGAUCCUCAAUGACUUCCAGCCCAACCUCAUGAUUGCCAUUGGCGGUGGAGGUUACGUGCCCGCGCGCAUUCUCCGAUCGUUCCUCAAGAAGCCCGGCAGCCCCAACAUCCCCAUCCAAGCCAUCGGGCUCUCGCUGUACGAGCAGCUCGGCUCGGGCCCCGACGCCGACGUGGAGACGCCCGGCACAAAAGUCACGCGCACACAGUGGCUCGACCUGUCGUCGCUCGAAAUGGCCAACCUGAUUGGCAAGAACGUGCUCAUUGUCGACGAGGUAGACGACACGCGCACAACGCUCGAGUACGCCGUCCGCGAGCUGGAAAAAGACGUCGAAGCCGCCGUCGAGAAGCUCGGUCGCCAGGGCGAAAAGACAAACUUCUCCAUCUUUGUCCUGCACAACAAGGACAAGGCUAAGAAGGGCCAGCUGCCCCAGGACAUUCUCAAGGGCAGAUAUAUUGCCGCAAGGACUGUUGGCGAUGUCUGGAUCAACUACCCUUGGGAGGCUACCGACAUCGAUGAGCACGACCGCCAUUCCAAGGAGGCAGAGUCAAAGUCGUAGACAAACGCGGGCAGCCUCGUGAAAAUACUGCUUUUUCCGUCGAAAAACAAAGAUAUACAUAUAUACCCGGGCAUAAAGGCCAGACGGAAUGCAUGUGGAAAUGAAUGAACGAAGGACCCGAAAGAAGAGAACAUAUGUCGUGGUGCACCAAGAGACUGGGCGACGGGCAGCCAAAGCAGAACAUUCAACACACACACAUGAUCUUGCGAAUUUCUUUUUUUUUUGUAUUGUUGGUUGCGA